CAUUCUUUUCACACCAGAGUUCUCUCCCCACCAGCGAAUUCACAAUGGUAAUGAAAAUUUCUUCUUUAAAUCUCUUUUAUUCGUAGACAUCCUACCGUUGAUAAACGUAUUUUGCGUUUUAAAUAUCUCGUCGAUAUAUCACAAAAUGGCGGAAGUCACGGCUACUAUUCGUACCCGCAAAUUCAUGACCAACCGACUUUUGGCCAGGAAGCAGAUGGUCGUAGAUGUCUUGCACCCCGGCAGAUCCUCCGUCCCCAAGAAGGAGAUCUCUGAGAAGCUGGCCAAGAUGUACAAAGUCACACCUGAUGUGGUUUCCUGCUUUGGUUUCCGUACCAACUUUGGUGGCGGCAAAUCAACAGGAUUUGCCUUGGUGUAUGAUUCCAUGGACUUCCUCAAGAAGUUUGAACCCAAGCAUCGCCUUGCCCUGAAGGGUAUGUUCGAGAAGAAGAAGGUAUCUCGCAAACAGAGAAAGGAAAGGAAGAACAGAAUGAAGAAAGUCCGAGGCACCAAGAAAGCGAAGGUUGGAGCUGCUGCCAAGAAGAAAUAAACCAUCGCUCAAAAUUGCUUCGCGUAUGGGUUUAUCCGGUGCGAGUAAGGUGUACCCGAUGUCUUCUGGAAUUGUCAUCAUCAUCAAAGAUUCCGAAACGCGCCAAUACACUGCUAUUUGCCGGCUGCGAAAAAAAAAAUU